CGGACCUUUACUUUUAUGACCCAAGAAAUAUCCAAGUCCAAUCCCUUCUGCCAAACCACUCCGUCUAUUUGAUCCAAUCACAACAAGCUAGAGCUACAGAACCAAUCAAGUUCGACAGAGAAGUUUGAAUUUCACAAAAGAGUUAGCUCGAUUCAUUGUUUGACUUCAAGCAGUUGCUCAUUAGCUCCAACUGACUUCAUCUGGUGUGUCCUUUUCUGAAGGUUACUAAUCUAGGAUGGCCUUGGUCACAACAGCUGAAGUGUGUGAUACAAACCCACAGCUUAUAGUGAGUGGUGAGCUCCGGGCACUCCAUCCAGUUUUCCAGAUUUAUGGUAGGAGGCAAGUCUUCUCCGGCCCAGUUGUUACCCUCAAAGUGUUUGAAGAUAAUGUUUUGGUACGAGAGUUUCUUGAGGAGAAGGGCAAUGGAAGGGUUCUUGUUGUUGAUGGAGGUGGUAGUUUGAGAUGCGCGAUACUGGGUGGUAACCCAGUUGUACAAGCUCAGAAUAAUGGAUGGGCUGGUAUAAUAGUCAAUGGUUGCAUAAGGGAUGUAGAUGAAAUUAAUGGUUGUGACAUCGGGGUGAGAGCUCUGGCCUCACACCCUAUGAAAGCUAAUAAGAAAGGGGUCGGAGAAAAGCACGUUCCUGUAAACAUUGCUGGGACCAGAAUCUGUGAUGGAGAGUGGAUGUAUGUGGACACUGAUGGUAUUUUGGUCUCUAAAACAGAGCUGUCGGUUUGAUAACGUCUCUCUUCUGCUCGAUUGGCAGGAGAGGUUCUGUGAUAUGUAUUGUUUGAUAGUACUGUUUAUGAUUCUAUUCUAUUCAGUUCAUGAGGAACUUAUAAUUAUUGUCUGUACUGUAAUAUUUAUGCUUGUGUUUUGAACUUGUCAUUCUAGUAUCCAUUUAUGUUGUAUGCUAUUCACUUUAUAUCUGUAUCUGAUUGUUUUCUUGAUCAAUCAUUUCAUCUCUUUAUGCUA